AACUAGAAAAGAAAGUAACUGUUUUUGCCUUUGAGAGGAGCAGCGAGUUUCCAGCCACAUGCCUUCUGUGGGGCCUGGGGCAUUUCCAUAGGGGUCCAGGCUCCAGCACCUGUGGUUUUAGAACCUCUGCAGUAUCUAACUGAUAGUCCCUUAUUCCUGUCCCCAAAUCUCAGGUAGUGGGUGGGGCCCCCAGGCCUGAUUAUGAACAGACAAGCACUCAGGGGUCUGUGGGUCCCCAUCCAGACAUCAGGAUGGGUGAGGGACAGGCUCGGGUGGGCUCAGGCUUUCCGUCUGCCCCCACAGACUUCUUUCCUAGAUGAUCGGGCCUGAACCCAUAGGGCAGCCUUCUGCUUCUCCAUAAGGGGGCUUGAUCUUGCCCAGGGACCUCCGCGGUGCACAGCUGGCUCCCCUUCUCAUGUCAGCUCCAUAUGUCACCCCAGGUAGGAAGUUACUCGCCUGAAAGCACCAUUUCCCCAACCCAGCAGCCAAUGGCGGGCGGCUUCUCCAGACCCAGCCGUGAGCAUCCCAGCACUGGCUGUGUGGCAGACGCCGAGUGCUGGUUGAGGGCAACCCGCCUGCAACUCUGAGGCAAUUGGGAGUGUCUGGCUACAGUCCCCUGUGCUAUACUGAGGCAAGGCCAGGACAUGCGCUGGCUGUCACUGGGCCCUGGGACUUGACAUCCUGAACUUUGCAAGGAGGUGUCCUGAAGGACCAGGCUUCCCUGAGCAGGGCGCCUCUUCUCAGCUGUGUCUGCACCUUAACCUCUUGGAGCAUUUGAGUCUUUCUUCCUUAGGGUCUUGUGUUAUCUUUAAAAUGGACAGAGGUUUUGACCUGACCCUACAGAAUGCUAGGUCAUGUUGAGACUAACCUGAAAAUUCCAAGCUUGGGUAUGUAACAAGAGGCCUCCAUAUAGCCACGUGGGACAGUGGACACUAGGGAGGGGCCAAGCAGUGGCCCCAUAUCUCACAGCCGCAGGUUUCAGGCAGCUGAGAAGCCAGGCUGCCCCUUCCAAUCCCAGAGGCAGAGAGUAAGAGUGUGUGGGGGCGGGGCUAUGUUUUCAGGUGAAGGGGCCUCAGGUGGGAGCCCAGCUGCUGGCAGCAUGGAGCCCUUCCCCACAGGCAGCCCAGGACCUGUCCUGUCCAGCUCCUGGAUACUGAAUGAAUUCCAGGGACAUGUUCUGCUGGAGUCCCCACAGGGUGCCUCUGGCCCCAGGACCAUGAAUGCAACUUGCAACAGCAGCAGCACGUGGCCUGAUUCGAUCACCUACAUCUUCACCACCUACUCAGCCUUGCUGCUGGUGCUGGGCCUGCUGCUCAACGGCCUGGCACUCUGGGUAUUCUGCUCUCGCAUGCACCAGUGGACAGAGACCCGCGUCUAUAUGACCAACCUGGCUGUGGCUGACCUCUGCCUGCUCUGUUCCCUGCCCUUCAUGCUGUACUCCCUGAGAGACACUUCAGACACACCAAUCUGUCAGCUCUCGCAGGGUAUCUACCUGGUCAAUAGGUACAUGAGCAUAAGCUUGAUCACGGCCAUCGCUGUGGACCGCUAUGUGGCCGUGCGGCAUCCGAUCCGUGCCCGUGAGCUGCGGUCCCCACGACAGGCUGCCGCAGUGUGUGUGACCCUCUGGGUGGUAGUGGUCAUCUCCCUGGUAGUGCGCUGGCGCCUGGGGCUGCAGGAGGGUGGUUUCUGCUUCAGGAACCACAGCCGGCAAAACUCCAGCACCAUAGCUUUCUCGCUGCUGGGCUUCUACCUGCCACUGGCCAUAGUGGUCUUCUGCUCUUUGCAGGUGGUGACUGCACUGGCGCAGAGGCCAACCUCUGAUGUAGGGCAGACAGAGGCCACCCGCAAGGCCACCCACAUGGUCUGGGCCAAUUUGGCUGUGUUUAUCUUCUGCUUCCUACCGCUGCAUGUGGUCCUGACCGUGCAGUUCUCCAUGGGCGCGAACACCUGUGCUGCCCGUUAUACCUUCAGCCGCGCCCUGUCCAUCACAAGCAGACUCUCAGAUUCCAACUGCUGCCUGGACGCCAUCUGUUACUACUACAUGGCCAAGGAGUUCCAAGAUGCAUCCAUGUCAGCCAUGUCCUCCAAUACACCCCACAAGAGCCAAGAUUCUCAGAGCUUGACUCUUACCUAGAAGUGAGCAUGUGCCAUGAACCAGAGGAACCUGUGAUAUUAGCAAGGAGCCCCCAAAUCUGCCUGAACAUGAUGUGGGUUUUGAACACUCUAGGAAGCUCAGGUGGCCUGGAGAGGCUGUAUCUGCUCCCUGGAAGGGACCAGAGGACUGAGACUCUUAAAGACCAACUUGAAGGACCCUGGAACAAGGCCACAUACUUGCCACUCCAGAUCUAGAACCCCUGAGGCACCAGAAUGGGGCCUUGGUGGCUGGCCACUGGGUUUAGAAUGGAGAUCUGUCCUGGAGAUGGUCCUAGAAGGGCCCUCGGUGUCAACCAGAUACAAGUGGUGAGAGGCUAAGAAAGAACGGAGAGUUUGGAGAGCCAGGAGACAUCCUCUGAGAAGACUCUCUAGUGGCUGCUUCCUUGAGGGACCACCAGACUUCACACCUCCUAUAUGGUUUGGCAGGAGGGCAGUAGCUGUGGUCUGGAAGGCUGUCUUCUAUAGCACAUGGCUCUCGAUGUUGCUCUGUAUUCAGAGGGGGUUCCAGCUCAGGAGACCCGAUGGUCAUAAAGCUGUGUUCAACAGUCACACACUGCUGUUGAAGCCCUGAGCCUCUUGGUGGUGUUUCCAUUUGAUAGUGGGCCUGUUGAUCACAAGGCCAAUGGCUGUAGUAGUGGUCUGCUGGAGUCUGUUGUGAAGAAGAUUGACAUUUGGCCUGGUCCCUGCAUUCUCUGGGGGUGUGGCCUCAGGCUACAAAGGGGCUCCACAGACCAGGAUUAGCUACAAAGCCAGAUCACUUUUGGAGUGUGAUAGCCCUGGGCUUUCUCUCUCUGUGCUUUAUUUUUUUGUCUUGGCUCAAAUGCUGCAGCCAUACCUGGAGCCAGAGCCCCCAACUAGGGGUGGCCUGCCACACUCCCGACUUCUACUUCAUCCAGCUCUGACUGCCUAACUGUCCCCUUUUUGUUAUGACCUUUUCUGCAGAAACCAAAAGUCUGCUCACCCUCCAGAUACCAAAGAAAGGAUUCCAUCCAAGUACAGACUGGCGAAGCAGUUUACUGGAGUUACUUACAAAACAUGGUGACUCCACCACUCCAUGGUGGCUCCACCACUCCAUGGUGGCUCCACCACUCCAUGGUGGCUCCACCACUCCAUGGUGGCUCCAUCACUCCAUGGUGGCUCCAUCACUCCAUGGUGACUCCAUCAUUCCAUGGUGGCUCCCAUCACUGAAAAGUCCCACUCAACGGGUGACAACUCACAAAAACUGCACCAGUAGAUUACCAGUCCCUAGGAAACUUCCACCUCAUAUAUACCUGGACACCCACUCCAGACAAGAUACAGAUGGGGGUCUGAGGGGGUGGUGGCUGGAACCUCAGGUCCUCUGGCCCUCAUGUCCCUCUAAGAGGGAAUGCUGACAGCUUCAUGCCCAACACCAAUCUGUUUAGAACAGUAGUAUCUUCUUAUUUCAUUGCCAUGACUGUGAGCCAAGGUGUUCAGUGGAUGGAAGCAGCAAUCUUCUUGCUCAUGGUUGGUGAUCGUGCUAAGCCAGAGGAAAUGGCUUUCCGACCACAGUCUACUACUCUUCCAUCAGCUCUCGUGUUCUUUCCACCCUCUGCAAUUUUCUCUGAACCUUCACCUGAGAAGGGAUGAUGCAUCUAUAUAAUCUAUAAAAUAUAUAAUAUACA